AUGGCCUUGAUCUUCGUCGUCAGUGAUCCAGAAGAACACGUUGAGGAUUGUGAUGCAUCUCUCUCCUGGGCAAUAUCAUUUCACCAGCGGACGGAAACACUUAUUUACACCACGACGCCAAUUGACGGUCGAUUGGCUGCUAAAAUAGCCAUACUAGAUGUGCGUUCAUGGAAUCGGCUGCAGUCGAAGCAUUUACCGGGUGAAGUCGUCGUCCUAGACCGUGCUCACGGAGGGACGCACCGAGGCUUCACAGACGCGAAUGCCUACCUUCCCUCAAACGUGCUCUGCUGA